UUGACAGCUUUCAUAUUGCAGAAUUAUUUUGUGAAAAAAAAAUCCACUUGGAAAUGAACUCUUCCAAGAUUUUCGACGAAAAAUAGUGAAAAACUCAUUGCUUGGGGCGUGUAACAAGUUAGCGAAAAUCAAACACCUUAAAACGAAACAUAGCGACGCAAGGUAAUGAGCAAAUAAGCUCGCGCUGUGUAUCUUUUGCCACUGUUUGUGCUGCGCUGUACUAUUCAGUAAGCUAUUGCGCGUGUGUAUGUGUGCUUCACUCGGUGUGUAUGUGCGUAUGUGUAGAAUCAAAAAGUAAAAUUAUGACAGCUACUGCAGGGGGCAUCAGCACUGGUCUGCUGCAUUCCGGUUGUUAGAUUUUGGGCAAAUAUAAAAUAAAGUGUGCAGUGAGGAACAACCACAACCACACCGAAGAAUAGAAACCUCUCCCUGUGGCUGUGAAUUGCGGUACGGUGUCGGCAAAGGUCGGCCAACAGACGCGAGAGCAAAAGCAACCGGCCACUGCCAAAAGGGCGACAACGAGAGCAACACUGUCUCUGACACGGCCGUGCCUGCGCCAGAGCUAGCAAGGCAACGGCAGCGCUGACAGCAAAGCUAACUCGUAAACAAACCAUCCCGAAGUGACCAAUCACACAGAAAACAGGACAAUGGGCGACAGCAAUACGGCAGCAAAGCAUCAGGGCAGCAGCACGGACGGUGGUGGUGCUGCCGCUGCUGGCGCCAGUCACCUGAUGCCGGGCGGGGCGGCAGGCGGAGCCGGUGGGCUGCAGCACGAGGGCAGCACGGAAGACAUCGAGCGGCAGCUGGAGGCACUGGAUCAGGAAAGUGAUUCCGAUUCGGAAUCGCUCGAGGAGCUGGACGCGUGCGAAAAUAUCGAAGUCGUCAAUCCGGACCGGACGGCCGCGGACCAUUCGGAUCCCGCCCUGGACGUUACCAUCCGCUACACGAUCUGCCUGUUCUGCAAGAAGCCGUUCCAGCUGAAGAAGGAGCUGAAGAAGCACCUGUUCGAGCACAUGAAGAACCUGAAGCCGAUGAAGGAGAAGAAGAUCGUGGAGAAAAAGUUCAAAUGUCACAAGUGCUUCAAAACGUACACAGAGAAGGCCCGGGCCGAAAAGCACAUGACCAAGUGCAAGAAGGUGUCGAAGCUGCUGCUCGACAUGAGCAAUGCCGGGGACGGGCGGAUACUGGGCGGCACCGAGUACGAUGCCGCGAUCGCGGAGAAAAGCGCCAAGAGCAGCAUGAAGAGCGGUGGCAAGUUCCGCGAGCCUACCUCACCGCGCUCGCUCGUCUUCGAUCCGGACAUGGCGGACAGUGACGAGCGCUGGGCCUCGACGGCGGUGCGGGUACCGUCCGACGAACGAAGGGAGCGCAACCAGGUGGUGCACUUCGACGAGCGAACAACCAAGGGUGGUGGCGGUGGUCCGGGCAGCUCGGACGAAUCGCCCACCUCGCCCGGUACCGGCGGACACUUUCAGAAGUGCUCGUAGAGUCCGACGCAUCCCGCAGCCGCAACGCGCGGCUAACCGUAAAGCACGGCGGUAAAGUUCAUCCCGAUGCAUCCGGCCACUCGGUGCAUUGCGGGCACGACACGUACAUCGGGCGGCUUGACCGACGGAUGUAAUGUGCUAACAACAGCCUGUGUUUCUUCGUGUUCCUUAGUUACAUUUUGUUUCGUUCUUUACUUCAUAUGUAUGUGUGAGUGAGUGUGUGUGUGUGUGUGUGUGUUUGUGCACAUACCCGGCACAUGAUACACUCGCACGACGGGUGCUCGGGGUAAUUUGUGCGUUUUUUAAAUUGCUCACCAUUGACAUUGACCCAUCCAGCACUGAUCCCUCGUAUUGGGGGAAGCAUAUACAACACUAAAUUCUGCAUUCUGCUCAUAUUGUUUCGUUCCCUUUACCCCCGUGUAUGUUUGUGUGUGAGUCUGUGUGUGUUGCGUGCAGCGAUGAGUGUAAAGAUACAUUGUUUCUGGUGCUAAACAUUUUACCAACCUGGGCAUGCCAUGGGUAACGAUGGUGAGACUUUGACGUGUUUCUCAGAUGAUUCAAAUAUCCCUUCACCAUACCACCCGUACCAUUAGCAUCUCGCUGUAAUGUCAUACCUUAAAGUACGCUUAAAGCUCGCAUGUGGUAGGUUUUAUCCCAGUUUUGUCUCCCCCACCCCAUUUAGUUUGCUAUCUGUAUUACUGUAUUACUGUAAACCUCCUUCCCCCCUAUCCGACCAACGCAACGUAACGAAAAGGAAUGCCAAACAAGCACAACAAAGUGCGAUACAAGUCGUACGCUUACAUUUUUACAUGGUUUAAACCGGGAACGGGCGAUGAAGAGAAGAGUAAGGCAAAAACAAACAAAAAAAAAACGACAUCCAUUCUAAUUAUUAUUACAGCCGUAACUUAUUUACGCGUAGCAACACAUUACACAAAAACACAUACACGCGCACCACAAAAGAAGCAAACAAAUGAGUAAGCUCGUUUACGAAUGAUGAUAAAACAAAGGGAAAAGAAAAGAAAAUGAAACAAAUUACACACCAACACACAUACAUACUACGCAAACAGUAACGUUAGUAUACAUAUUAAUAUAAUCAUUAUUUAAAAGUUAAGCAUUGUGAUACUUGCCACAUACGUUUAAUUAAAUUCUACUCCCCCUCCCCGCAAAACAUACCCAACAUAACGUACCAUUCGUUGUAUAUAGUUAUACUUGUAUGAAUAUUAAUGCCUGUGCUCUAUUGAUAGUAAUGUGUAUUAUAUCCUCUAUCGCUUCUUGUACCAGUGUGACCGUUCCUUCCCGCUACGCUCCACCCGGGUUCAAUGUGUGUACCAGCGUAUGAAUGAGUCAUCCGUUUAUCAUUUUGAUAUCGCAGAUUAUUUAAACUGCUCCUAUCAUCAUCAUCAUUAUCACACUCAAACACCCCGCUGGAUAACAAUGAAGAAAAGGGACGGAAUUCGCGUAUUAUUCAUCCUCCAUUGGUGACGGUAUCGUUAGUCAUUUGGACAAAUUUACCUUUUUGUAUUACCACAACUUUACAAGGAUUUCCCCGUAAAAGUUCCCCACAGCUCACGGCCUCGUUUUAAGCGUGUAAACACAGUUAAGUGAUACUUUCCAUUGCUUUUGUCACGUGCAAAGAAGCGUUCAAUAUUCCCCACUACUCUAUGGAUCCAUUAUUCAUUCAAAUUUUAUCACUCACACAAGUCGGAUGUUUUGUCACAAUGUCCAAAAUAAUGGACACAAUGAAAAUCCCUUGCUUAUGUUUGUGCCCCCCAGCCACCUUCCUCACCCGCCUGCCCCUCCACGCCUUGUAUCAUUAGAAUCAGGCAAUCAGUAAUAAAGGGGCGGGAGGCGGGAGUUAGGUAAGGUUGAAGUGAGCAAAAAUGCUUACCUUCUUACUAGUCGUAUAAUGUGUUGUGUGUGUUGCAUUGGUGGUAUUAGGACGGUAUCGAAAUCAAACGUUAGUUUAUAGAGUGGUAGAGAAAGGCGAUUGUAAGCAUGGAAUUGAAACGCCCCACGGAAGACGGAGCAUGUGCAUGCAAUUUACGUUAUUCAGAACGAUAGAUCGCCAAUAGAUGUCGUUUGCACAAAACGCGACGGUUCAGUGUUACGGCGAAGGUUGGCAAAACCACGCGCUUCGAACAAUCAUUGCGAGGAAGAAGUGAAAUUGAACAACAAUCUCGAAUUUUGUGCUCGUAAUGCAUCUCAAGCUCUAAGAGAAGCCACAUGCGCAAGCAAGUGUGUGAAACCAUCUUUUUUUAUUCAAAACGAAGUAAAAAUCGUUACACAUACACACAAUCAAGAAGAGAAGAGCACGAACUUUGAUCGAAUAGGCUCCCGCGCGACACGCGAAUAAUGACUAAACAAUAAUAAUAAUAAUAAUAAUAAUUAUAACAAAUAUAUACUGUUGAAUAUACCAA